GUUGGGCAAGUUUAAGUGGUUUACGAUGACUUUUUUUAGGUUACAAACUGGUAAUUAUGAGGACAUUUCUAGUGUCCCCAUCAUUCAAAUCGCUUAAAAGCAUACUAAACGAUGUUUUAAUGAAAAUGUAAAAAUGCAGAAAGCUUUUUGCGAGGGGUAGGGUUAGGGGAUAUAAUCUAUAGUUUGUAUAGUAUGAUAAUCAUUAUGUCUAUGGGGAGUCCUCUUAAUGAUAGCUGCACCAACGCGCGCGCGCGUGCGUGCGUGCAAGUGUGUUUAUAUUUGUUCAUUGACAGUCCCGCUCUGUCAGGAACUGGACUGAUCUAUACUGGUUCAUCUGUGUGAUAGUGUUAUAAGAAAUGCAAGUGACUGUGCCGUGAUAGUACAAAUGGGCUGAUUCUUUUAGGAUCUGUAAAUCACAGACAUAUUUGACAGUGAAAUUAGAGAAUUCACCCUGAGGCAAUGUACAGUGCACAUUCAAACAGAUGCAAAUAGUUAUAAAGAAUGCUUUUCAUCGUAUAUGUUAUGUGCUAAUAUCAAGUAUGAAAAGAGACAGUUUAAUGGUGAUUCGUAUGGUGGAGCUGCAAAGUGUUUGUGAUUUCCUCUGUGUGUAGUCUUCACACACUGCUGACAGGAAGGCGGUGUAACACACACUUCAGCCUGAGAAACACAUUCAUACUCGACUUGAAAUAUCAGCAGAUGCUAAAUGCCACACCAUUAUCGGUUAAUCAGCAAGUGAUGAAGCUGUAUGCAAGAGAUAACUUUGGUUAUCCUUUAAGCAGUAUUCUACAAAGAAGCCUGCAAUGGACCAACACACAGCCCGCUCCAAGAGUGUUAUACCAGUGGAAGGGAGCCCUGGAUCCACACACACAAGCAUUAAAAGAUCCAUGGAGAAACCUCUGAAGACAGGCUGGUUGAAGAAGCAGAGAUCCAUUGUGAAGAACUGGCAGCUGCGCUUCUUUGUGCUCAGAGGAAAUGUCCUUACAUACCAUAAGGAUGACAGAGAGAGUGCUGUUCAGGGGACCAUCCCUUUGUUCUCAUGCCAAGUUAAUGUGCUGCCAUCAAAUACAGAUGAUAAAUUCCUGUUUGAGAUUAUCCCAGGUAGCAGUACAGAUCGUGAACGGGAUACCUACGUUCUUUUGGCAACCAGUCAGAGUGAGAUGGAUGAGUGGGUGCGCUCUAUUCGCAAAGCCAUUGGAUCACGGUCCAAUCACGUAUUUGGAAAGAGUCUUUCAGACAUCAUGGUGUAUGAGAAGAAAUUUGGGCCUCGUCUGGUGCCAAUCCUGGUGGAGAAGUGUGCAGAAUUUAUCAGAGAGCAUGGUCUGAAUGAAGAGGGAAUCUUUCGGCUCCCAGGUCAGGACAACCAGGUGAAGCAGUUUAGAGAGGCCUUUGAUGCUGGAGAAAGGCCAUCUUUCCCCAGUGACACGGAUGUCCACACGGUGGGGUCCUUACUCAAGUUGUACCUCAGAGAGCUUCCUGAGCCUGUUGUGCCCUGGAUUCAGUAUCAGGACUUCCUUGACAGCACACUGGUGUUGGAUGCCGCCACUGCAGCAGGCAAAGAAAUACUGGAGAAACAGAUCAGCCUUAUGCCAAAAGUGAACUACAACCUCUUGAGUUACAUCUGCAGAUUUCUUUUUGAGGUCCAGCAGAAUUCAAAGGUGAAUAAAAUGAGUGUUGAAAAUCUGGCCACAGUGAUGGGAGUGAACCUUUUCAAACCGCAAGUGGAGGAUGCCAUCAGUAUGAUGAAGGGAACUCCCAUGAUACAGAAGGUAAUGACGGUGAUGAUCAGACACCACGAGCUGCUCUUCCCACCCUCUAAAGAUGUGCAGCCAUCUCCUCCUCCCAGCAAGAAAAACAAGAGUAAGAAGUCCAGCAACCCUCGCAGUUUUGUGGGCUGGGAGUCUGCUGAGUGUGAGGUGUCUUCACUGUCAGAGUCUCCUGAGGAGGAAGAAGUAGACACACCUGAGGCUGAGAGGAGGGAUGUGUGGCCAUCUGAGGCAGGGUCAGAGGAAGCACCUCUUUCUCCUUCCUCUACAUUUUCCCCUGUAUCGGACACGUGGACCAGCAGCCCCAGAAAGCGGACUCAAACUCUACCCAGCUUGGGCUGUCCGGCAGUGGUGAAAACAUGCAGAGAGCCGGCUUGGGAUCGCUGGAGCAGGUUCCAAGAGAGCUUCAACGAGAACGACGAAAAGACGCUUUCAGAGGACAUCUUUAAAAUCCUUGACCUCCAGAAAGUGACACUCUUUUCUGGAGGGCAGAAAAGUGAAAAUGAAAAAGACGACACAGGGUCGGAUAAAACAGUUAAUGAUGUUGUAGUCAAAGAAACAGAUGCUCUAAAAGCACAGACACAGAGCACAGUUCCCUUGCCUAAGCCUCGGCUGACCAAAGAGUUGAGUGCACCGAGUUUGGGCAGAGAGAAGCCAGCAGCACCAGAAGGUGGGACGGUCCUACAGCAAAGUAAUGCAGGCCAACAGAGAAACACAGACACAAUGCACCUUAUCAACAGUCUACAACAGAAGAACAGAGAGCUGAGUGCUACAGUGGCAGAGCUGCAGGCAGCACUCAAGGAAGAGCAACGCUGCAAAGCUGCAUUAGAGAUCUUGCUGCGCAACACAGAGCGUAGCAGGGAUGAAGCUCUUCAGCGCAAUGAGCAGCUGAACAGAGAUAUUCAGGAGCUCCUCAACAGGCCCACUGCUGGCACAUAGUGCCACCCAAUGUAUGUCAAGUUUUAGUCCUGUCUAGCUUCUCACUGGAGUAAUAGACAAACAAUCUGGACAACUCAAUGGUGUUUUACACCUUGAUCCAUCUUGAACUGCACUGAAUAACGUCUUUGAAAAAUGACUAGUGAAAAUGUCCAUCUCACAGUUUCUGUCUAUGAUGAGAUUGAAGUAAAACUGCUAUGGUAGAAGAUGCCUUAUGUACAAAAAUUACACAUUUGAAAUUGUUAUUAAGCAUCACAUUAGUAUUUUGAUCUGUUACAAGAAAAUAUUAAAAGUUAUGAAGAAUGGGAAUGUGAAAGUUUUAUAUAGAGUAUUUAACAACUGCCUAUAAUUUUUUGUAUUUGUCUGAUGGAUAGCUAGAAAACAAGUACAGUUCAUACUCUCCAGGGUUGCCCAAGGGGAGACAGGGGCUAGUUGUCACACAUUUACUUAAGUGAAUAUUUGUCAGGAUACAUUUUUGCAAUCUAUUUAAAGGAUAGUUCACUCAAAAAUUAAAAUUCUGUCAUCACGACAUCAUCCAUGUUUGAAACUCAUGCGACUUACUUUCUUCUCUGGAACACAAAUGGAAAUGCUAGGUAGAUCGUUGGAGACUGAUAACCUCUCGAUGGAGAAAAUAUGCAAUGGAGAUGGAGAAAAUAUGCAAUGAACGUGAAAAGUGACUGAGGCUGUCACCAUUAAUAUCAGAUCAAAUUGUUAUUUUUUUUUUUUUAGCAAAAUGUAAACUCAAUUGUGAAGCACAAAAACAGAUAUUGUAAUUAAUAAAUUGUAAAAACAAAUGAUGACAUUUCAAACAUAUUUGACAAUCUGCCUUGAUUUUAUAGUUGAUCAUUGCCUUAAGUUAUACCAUUGAGGUUUUUAUUGUUUACCCAAGAGCUUUUACAAAAAUCUUGGAAUUUCAGUU